GAAACCCUAUAAAACCUUGAUUUUUCUCUCCAUUUUCCGACUCUUUCAUUGAGCUGCUGCCGCUGUUUGUAAUCCUUUGGUGAUUCCACUGCGUCGAAACCAGGAAGGUAGAUUUUUGCUUAGCCAUGGCGGACAAGGCAGUGACUAUUAGGACAAGGAAGUUCAUGACGAACAGGCUACUUUCCAGAAAACAAUUUAUCAUUGAUGUUUUGCAUCCUGGGAGACCCAAUGUUUCCAAGGCUGAGCUGAAGGAGAAGCUUAGUAGAAUGUAUGAGGUGAAGGACCCAAAUUCAAUCUUUGUGUUCAAGUUCCGGACUCAUUUUGGAGGUGGUAAAUCUACAGGAUUUGGUUUGAUAUAUGAUUCUGUCGAGAAUGCGAAGAAAUAUGAGCCUAAAUACAGGCUGAUCAGGAAUGGACUCGAUACCAAGGUGGAGAAAUCAAGGAAGCAAAUGAAGGAAAGGAAGAACAGGGCUAAGAAGAUCCGUGGUGUGAAGAAGACCAAGGCCAGUGAAGCAUCGAAGAAAAAGUGAGGUGAAAGGGAUGAAGGAUAAGGUGAAAUCUAUGUCUAUCAUGCUGUCAAUCUUUUCUCGCAGCUGUUGUUUACUAGUCACAAGUGUUUAGGUGUUCUUGAACCAGAUUUCCAUUUUGUUUCGGAAACCGGAUUCCGUUCCGACUAUCC